GGAUGUUUUUCAUGACUCAGUAGUGAUAACAGCAAUCUUAUCGUCUCUUUUUUUACUAUAAAUACUACAUCUUGCAACUUUCAACAUUAUACUCACAACGCCUUCUGAAGAAGCAACAGUGGGAAUUUUCUCAACAGAAAUCAAAAUGAUGAAGAGCCUGAUUCUGGUUGCGGUGCUCGCCGCCCUAACUAUCUGCAAUGACGCAGCUAGUCUUCAAAACCCUGCCUUCAGGGCUAACCUGUACCAGGGAGCCAUCAGGCCCGGAGACAGACUGCUUCACAGCAACUACUACUACAAAAAUCCCAUCACCAACGCUGUGCAGUACCAGGACAUCACCUACCGUGGCAACGCCAGCACCAGGAUCUCCUACAUCCAAGCCACUGAGGUCGGCUACACACAGUGGGGUAUCCCAUCCCUCAGGGCUGGUGGUGUCAACUUCAACCACGCUACCAUCAGGCUGACUUCCCAAAGAGGCUACGGCUACUACUACCGUGUUGAGAUCUGGGGUCGUUAUCUCAACACGGUAGUAGUAGCCGUAGCCUCUUUGGGAAGUCAGCCUGAUGGUAGCGUGGUUGAAGUUGACACCACCAGCCCUGAGGGAUGGGAUACCCCACUGUGUGUAGCCGACCUCAGUGGCUUGGAUGUAGGAGAUCCUGGUGCUGGCGUUGCCACGCUGUGUUUUCGCGAUGAUAAUAACAAUCUUAUCAUUUUUUUACCUAUAAAUAUUGUAUCUUGGAGCAAUCAGCUUUAUACUCACAUCGUCUUCUGGGGAAGCAACAGUGAACAUAUCAAAAUGAUGAAAAGCCUGAUUCUGGUUGCGGUGCUCGCCGCCCUAACUAUCUGCAAUGACGCAGCUAGUCUUCAAAACGGUGCCUUCAGGGCUAACAUGUACCAGGGAGCCAUCAGGCCCGGCGACAGAAUACUCCACAGCAACUACUACACCAAAGGACCCAUUCCUAACGCUGUGCAGUACCAGGACAUCACCUACCGUGGCAACGCCAGCACCAGGAUCUCCUACAUCCAAGUCACUGAGGUCGGCUACACCCAGUGGGGCAUCCCAUCCCUCAGGGCUGGUGGUGUCAACUUCAACCACGCUACCAUCAGGCUGACUUCCCAAAGAGGCUACGGCUACUACUACCGUGUUGAGAUCUGGGGUCGUUAAGACAACCAUUAAUAUGAUGAUCUGGACGAUAGACAACCAAAAAUAAAGCGGGUAUUAUUAUGUACGUAAGAAAAUAAAAUAAGUGAAUGUAAAUAAGUUCUCAUUGUAAUAAAAAUAUUUAUUACCAAACUUA